AUGUUUUUAUUCAGCUUAGUUCUCUUAGCAUUAUUUGUUACAGUUUUCUAUAUCCGUAGGAGCUUCACGUAUUGGCAACGUUUACAAUUUCCGGAAGUUAAACCUUUGUUUAUAUUUGGAAACGUAAAAUCUGUGGUGACAGGAGAGAAAUCUUUUGGAAUUACAAUUUACGAGUUAUAUAAAAAAACAAGGAAUAUUCGAUUCGUUGGCAUUUAUUUAUUUUUUCGUCCAGCUUUGCUUAUAAAUGACUUGGAUAUAGUGAAAAAUGUGCUGAAUAACGACUUUCAACAUUUCUAUGACCGCGGAGUGUAUAAUAAUGUUCAAAGCGACCCAUUAUCGGGUGGAUUGUUUCAGUUGAGUGGAUCUGAGUGGAAGAAUUUACGUCAAAAGUUAACGCCUGCAUUUAGUUCAGCUAAACUUAAAGGAAUGUUCUCAAAAAUCCUAAAUGUCGGAUUGGACUUGGAAAAAUACCUUGAACAACAAAUAGUGAAUGAUAAUGUUGUGGAAAUGAAGGAUUUAUUGUCAAGAUACAUCGUCGACAUUGUGGCGAGCACAGUUUUUGGUUUUGAAGUCAACACUAUUAGAAAUCCGCGGCACAUUUUCCGAGACGUUGGGAAAAGUUUCACGGAUCCCAACUUGAUUAAUGGUUUCCGCAACGCAGGAUUCUUCCUUUGGCCAAAUUUGCUCAAAUACACGGGUAUUAAAUUUCUUCCCAAAAGCAUGAGAAAGUUUUGCAUUGAUGUUGUCAAAGCGACAGUCGAAGAACGUGAGCGUAAUAGGACGAUACGAAAAGAUCUGAUGCAAUCAAUGAUUCAAUUGCGGAAUAACAACAACAUUGAACAAUCUGAUGAAUUGAAAUUAGAAACGUUGGGAAAUAAAUCAAUGAGUAUCGAUCAAAUUGCAGCUCAAGUUUUUAUCAUGUACAUUGCUGGCACAGAAUCCACCAGUGCCACAACAUCAUUCACACUUCAUGAACUCACACAAAAUCCAAAUUUAAUGAAACGAGCGCAAGAGGAUGUUGAUAGCGCGCUCAAUAAACACAACCAAAUUAUAUCGUAUGAAAGCAUAAAUGAGAUGAGUUUCAUUGAUUUGUGUGUAAAGGAAACUUUACGCAAAUAUCCUGCGCUUCCCAUUUUAAAUCGUGAAUGUACAAAAGAUUAUAUGAUCCCAGAAACAAACGAAUUAAUUCCAAAAGGAACCGCAGUCGUUAUAUCACUUUUAGGUAUUCAUCGAGAUGAGAAUUAUUUUAAUGACCCGUUAAAAUAUGAUCCUGAUAGGUUCAGCAGUGUUGAUUUCAACACAAAAGCAUAUUUUCCUUUUGGUGAUGGUCAAAGAAAUUGUAUUGCAUAUAGGAUGGGAAUUCUUGCCAUUAAAGUUGGACUCGCUGUUCUACUUUCAAAGUUCAAUUUCACAGCUAUUAAGAAAGAAGAAAUUGAAUUUCUUCCAAAUACAAUUGCUUUGGAUGCCAAAGGUGGAAUUAAAUUGCGAGUAACACAAAGAUAUUCAUAUUGGGACAGCGUCGGAAUUCCAAAUCUUAAAGGCAAAAUUCCUUAUGGAAAUUUACAAUCAGUCGUUCGAAAACAGAGAUCGUUUGGAACAGCAAUUUACGAUAUUUACACUCAAACGAAAGAACCAUUUUUGGGAAUUUAUUUGUUCUUUCGUCCAGCAAUUCUUAUGAAAGAUCCAGAACUGAUCAAAAAUGUGAUGGUGACAGAUUUCAAGCAUUUCCAUGAUCGAGGCGUUCAUUGUGAUCCCAAAAAUGAUCCGAUGUCUGCAAGUCUCUUUGCAUUACCUGGUGAUGCUUGGAAGUCAUUGCGACAAAAGCUCACACCAGCUUUCACAUCCGGAAAACUGAAGGGAAUGUUUCCAAGCAUUCUUAAUGUCGGUCAGAAUUUUACGAAUGUCUUGAAUCCAAUGGCAGAUAAAGAACAACUGAUUGACAUUCGUGACCUUGCUGGGAGAUAUGUUAUUGAUUGCUUAGCAUCAAUUGCCUUUGGUCAAAACGAUGUUUCUUGCUUGAACGAUCCAAAUCAUGAUUUCAGGGCUAGCUUACAAAGAAUUAAUGACAAUUCAAAAUUUAUUGAUAUCAUUCGUCGUACAGCUGUGUUCGUUUGUCCAAAACUUCUCAAUCUUUUUCGUAUGAGUGGCCUUCCAUCAUUCAUGCAAGAGUUUUGCCUUAAAUUAGUAACAAAAACUGUUGAAGAACGCGAAAGAAAUAAUAUUGAGCGAAAAGAUCUGAUGCAAUAUUUAAUUCAAUUGAGAAAUAGCAAGGAACAUAAUAUAGAUGCAGAUGAAUGGAAAAUCAAUUCUUCAAACAACUCUAAAAAGAAUAUGAGUAUAGAGGAAAUUGCAGGCAACGUUUUCCUUUUCUAUAUUGCUGGCAAUGAAAGUUCAUCAUCAACUAUUGCUUACACUUUAUAUGAGUUAACUCAAAACGAAGACUUAUUAAAACAGGCGCAGAGGGAUAUUACAAGCGUUUUAGAGAAACAUGCUGGGGAAUUGACUUAUGAAUCAAUUAUGGAUAUGAAUUAUAUUGACUUGUGUGUCAAAGAAACCUUACGCAAAUAUCCUGGUUUGCCUAUAUUAAACCGAGAAUGCACACAAGAUUAUCAAAUUCCAAAUACUAAACAUUUUAUCACAAAAGGAACGUCAAUCAUAAUUUCACUUCUAGGUAUUCAUCGUGACAGUCGCUUUUUUCCUAAUCCAAAUUGUUAUGAUCCCGAGAGAUUUACCGAAGAGAAACAUGAAUAUGAUGAAGACAUGUACAUGCCUUUUGGCACUGGACCCAGGAAUUGCAUUGCUUUCCGAAUGGGUUUAAUGGUUUCGAAACUCGCUAUUGUCUUGUUAUUAUUGAAUUUCAAUUUUGAAGCUACAAGCAAAGAACAAAUUGAAUUUGAUAUUGGAUCAGUAGCUCUUCUACCGAAGCCUGGACAAUGCAAAAUUAAAAUUAUGAGAAAAUAAAUUCCCAAAAUAUGUUUUCAGAAUGAUUAAAAUAUUAAUAAAUCAUUCCCUUUUUUUGGCAUCCUUAAUUCUUAUUUCUUUCGAAUUAAUUUACUUUUCAAGGCAUUUAAGUGAACCCUUUAUAAAAUAAUAAAAGGAAUAAAAAAUGAAGUGAACCUUAAAUAAUCUCAAAGAUUAUUAUGGAUAAGAGAUUGCUAAUAAAUGAGACUUAAAGCUUUCAGCA